AUGUCCGGAGCAGAAGAUAAACGAGUGGAGGUAGAGAGUGGAGUGCAAUUCGUGGAGCGGCAAAAGACCAAGAAGACCAAGAGUACUGAUCGGGGCGAGGUCCCACUACCAAGCGAUCAAAUUGCUGCACUGGCAAAGGAAUGCAUACCAUCAUGGAUAGAAAGUGGGAGAAUUCCGAAACCGCCUGUUGAGCUUUCAGACGAAGUGUAUGCUCCAAGCAUACCGUCAAGAGGCUACCAAUUCUGUAUGGUGUGCGGAAAACACAAGAAAUUCACUAGUUUAACAGGUCAUAUACAGGAUAGCCAUAAGGAAUUCGCGGAGAAAUGGGAGAUACAGGUUCUAGUGCACACGGGUCGCGGAAUGCUAGAAAGAACGAAGAAGGCAAGCGUUGACUUCACGCGGAUACCGGAACCAAGGACUGACCGAGAGUGGGACACGUACGAAGAAAUAGUGGCUCAACUACGGAACGGCGGGGUUUUGGAGCGACAAGUGGUGCUCCGUGAGCGUUAUCUGGCGGCUAAUCCCCAAAUGCAAUUCAAACAGCUGGAACUCAUGGAUCAAGCAGGACCGUCUGCUCAAGGGGCUUCAACAUCGUUUCCAUCGGUGUGGAUACGCUAA